AUGCACUGGCAAAAAUCUUCUGCCCCAGACCAGCAGCCACAGCCUCGCCCCUACCAAGGUGUGCGAGUGAAGGAGCCCGUGAAGGAGCUGCUGAAGAGGAAAAGGGGGAAUGUCCAUCAUUCCAGCACAACUGCAGCUACAACGGUCGUUUUGCCCCAUCAGCCAGUCCCUUCCUACUCACCCAUGGGCCAGCCUUGCCUCGACGUGGACGCUGCUGGCCCUGCUCUGCCUGGCCCAGAGGAAGGAGCUCUGGCCUCUGGGUGGAUCCCCCAGCCCUCUCCCACCCCGCUGCAGCCCCUGGCUCAGUGGAGCCCUUACCCUGACUACGUGUCCCACGAGGCUGGCAGCUGUCCCUACACAGCAGAUAUGUACGUGCAGCCCGUGGGUCCCAGCUACACCCUGGUGGGACCCUCCUCCGUCCUCACUUACGCUUCCCAGCCUCUCAUCACCAAUUUUGCACCCCGCAGCAGCACCCCGGCCGUGGUGCCACCGCUGGAGGUGACGGAGCAGCAGCCGCCCCUGACCUACUUCCCGUGGGCACAGCCCCUGUCUGCCCUGCCAGCCUCCAGCCUGCAGUACCCUGCAGCCUCCUCCUCCUUCCCGGGGCCCCAGCUGCUGCCCGUGCCCAUCUCCAUCCCCGAGCCAGCCCCGCAGGAGCUGGAGGACGCCCGGCGAGCCAUCGGCGCCCUGCCCAUCGAGAAGCUGCUGCUGGAAGAUGAAGACAAUGAUACGUACGUGUUAAGCCACGCUCUCUCUGUUGAAGGGCUUUAG